AUGGCUACGUUCGACCCCAACAACGAGAUGGAAAACCAGACACGCAUGCAGGAGUACAAGGUCACCACGGGCAGGGGCGGCGCCGGCAACAUUCAUAAAUCCAUUUCCAAACCGUCUCCUCUACUGCUCCCACUGAAAUCCAACUCGAAGCCAUCUGCAAACACCAACACGCAGCAGAAGGUCCCACGCUUUGCCAUCGGUAGGGGUGGUGCUGGCAACAUCUUUCACGACCCACAUCUGACCAGAUCCGCUCAGCAGUUGGAUGACAAUGACAAUAUCAACUAUAGCGACGUGAUUAAUGACAUCGACKACUACAUAUCUCCAAUCACUUCAGACAUGGUCGACGACGGCGGGCUGAAUAACACCAAGUCUCAUCUCAGCGGGACGAGGAGUCAUCAGUCCAUGCAUUCUGCCAUGUCGACUCCGAACAACGGUAGCAGCAAGGCAGCGCCCAUUGUUGUUGGUAGAGGCGGAGCAGGAAACAUUUUCUUUCACAAGAAGAAGUUGGUGGCGGCUAAUGACGGCGGCAACGCUCAGGAUGCGAUAAGAGACGGUAGCGGUGAUGGCGUGGGCGAAGACGAGGACACGAUCAACGCGAACGAUAAUAACCUGUUCGUGGUGACUUCGAAUGGCAAUGCUGUGUCUGCUAUCAAGUCUUCGUCCAAGAAACUCAAAAGCAAGCAUAAGAUCAAAAGCACGCCGGAAAAAUUCGCCAUCGGCAGGGGCGGCGCAGGGAAUAUAAUCUCACCCAAGUCGAGCAGGAAUACCAUACACCACAACUCCGACGACGACGACGAGGAUGAUGGUGAUACGAAGAAUAACAAGAGCAAAGACGAGAAAAAGAAGAAGAAGAAGAAGAAGAAAUCCGGAUUCUUCAACUCUUUGAAAUCCAUGUUUACUUGA